UGCCAUCCAGAGCAGCAGAAUGUGAGAAAAAAAUCACCCUUAGUGCCACAAGAGGUCAAAAUCCUCCUCAAAGACCCUUUGCUGCUGUCCAACCUUCUGACCCGAUUUUGCAAAUCUGUGGUGAAAAUCCCACGAGGGGCAGGUCCCACCUUCGACUGUUCAAAGCCAUCUUGGUGACACAUUUUUUAUGCAGAACAUCUCCCAGGGCUCGCUGCCCUCGGAGGAGCUGCUGAGCACGGUGAAGGAGAAGAAGAAGGAGAGCAGAGAGCAAAGGGAAAAUGUAGAAGUGGUUGUGGUUGGAGGAUGUGAUGAUGUCACCGGGCUCAGCGGGAACACGGCGCUUUUAAAAAGCCGAAAGAAACAUCCUGACCCUCACUUGUCACAUCCCCACCCGGGAGUCACACACACACAGCCGAGUCACCUUCAGCCAAGAGGGGAAAAAAGGCUCCAUCCCACCACAGAACAUGCACUGGCAAAAAUCUUCUGCCCCAGACCAGCAGCCACAGCCUCGCCCCUACCAAGGUGUCCGUGUGAAGGAGCCGGUGAAGGAGCUGUUGAAGAGGAAAAGGGGGAAUGUCCAUAAUUCCAGUGCUACUGCAGCUACAACGGUUGUUUUGCCCCAUCAGCCACUCCCUUCCUAUUCACCCAUGGGCCAGCCUUGCAUUGACAUGGACGCAGCUGCCCCUGCCCUACCUGGCCCAGAUGAAGGAGCUCUGGCCUCUGGCUGGAUCUCCCAGCCCUCUCCCACCUCUCUGCAGCCCCUGGCCCAGUGGAGCCCUUACCCUGACUACGUGUCCCACGAGGCUGGCAGCUGUCCCUACACAGCAGACAUGUAUGUCCAGCCCAUGUGUCCCAGCUACACCCUGGUGGGACCCUCCUCUGUCCUCACAUACACUUCUCAGCCUCUCAUCACCAAUUUUGCACCCCGAAGCACCACCCCGGCCAUGGUGCCACCACUGGAGGUGACGGAGCAGCAGCCGCCCCUCACAUACUUCCCGUGGGCACAGCCCCUCUCUGCACUGCCAGCCUCCACCCUGCAGUACCCUGCAGCCUCCUCCUCGCUACCCGGGCCCCAGUUCGUGCCUGUGCCCGUCUCCAUCCCCGAGCCAGCCCCACAGGAGCUGGAGGAUGCCCGGCGAGCCAUCGGCGCCCUGCCCAUCGAGAAGCUGCUCCUGGAAGACGAAGACAAUGAUACAAUUCUGCACAUUUAUGCAGCUAAAGGCCUGCGGGCCCACACGCUGGCAGCUGCAGAGCGCAUGAAACCCCUGAGGAAACUCGAUGCCAAGGAACACAGAGGAAAGACUCCUCUGCUGGUGGCUGUCACUGCCAGGCAGGCAGCCAUCGUCCACGACCUGAUCCAGGCAGGAGCAGACAUCAAUGCCGUGGACAACAAAGGGCAGUCAGCUUUGCACCUUGCUGCGACAUACGGCUAUGCUCAAGUCCUCCAGGUUAUCCUGUCACUGGGAUUCCCUCUGGAUUUGGAAAUGAAGGAUUUUGAAGGCCAUACCCCUCUCCACUGUGCUGUCCUGGCCCACAACACCCUGCUGAGGGAUCAGGGCAGCCAGGCACUGACAGAGGAGCAGCACAGGGAGCUCCAGCACCAGAGCAGGGAGCUGGAAUCCUGCAUCCACCUCCUGGUGCAGACCGGAGCCUCCAUCUACAGCCGGGAUGUAAAGAGCAACAAGACAGUUCUUCAUUACACAGUCCAGGAUGGGAACGUCUCCCUGCUCAGGUACUUCUUGGAGCUGAACGCUUUCAAGUCCAAGGAUUUUGUCAACAACAAGGCCCAUGGCAACACAGCCCUGCACAUGGCAGCUGCUUUGCCUGGUGACAAGAACCAGAAGGAAAUCAUCCAGCUGCUCCUGGACCACGGGGCAGACCCGAGCAUCCGGAAUUUGGACAACGACCAGCCAAUCCACAUGGCCCCUCCUGGAAAAGCUGGGGAUCAGGUCAGGCAUUUGCUGAAGAAAGGGAAAGUCACACCUGCAUUCAUCUCCUGCCGCAGAAAUGCCAGAUCCUGAGUGAACUGCAAUUUAUGGAAUGCCUCCAACUCCAGCUUCUGCCUCCUAUAAAAACUGUGAGGGUGGUUCUCCAGCACAUCCCUGCUCCUCCGGGCUUAAACCAGGGUGGGAUGAGAGUGUUUCUCAACCUGUGGGCCUUGAGCAGCUUCCAAAUGGUUGAAAACUCAAUUUUGUUAACAAAGAAUGCUAAUUGCUUGCAAGCAAGGAGGCAAGCAGAGCAAAUGGCUGCUAGAUAAAUAAGUGAACAUUCCAAAUAAGUUCAAAGCACAGCCAAGCUCUGAUUUGGUAGCAGCUGAAACCCUUGGAGGUGACAGAGCACAAGGGGGCAGUUUGGCUAUAAAAGGUUGAGAAAUGCUGCUCUGAGACACCCCCAACCUGUGCCUCUGGCUGGGCCCUGUACAGAGGGGCUGCUGGAAAUGCUGAAGCCUCUGGGAUGUGCAGUUAGCACUGAUCCUGCUCCCCUGGGAAUGCAGGAUCCUGAGGGGAGGGGAAAGCCUGGAUGGAGAGCUCCAGUCAGCCUGAGGAGGCAUCCCUGGCUGGAUUUCACCUGAGGGAAUGGACAUCCAAACCCAAGAGCCCCACGGGAGGGUCCUGCAAGCUGGAACUCCCUGUUCUCAGCACUUUGGGAGGGCCCUGGAGCAGCUCUCCAUGGCCAGGCUGUCACCCCAGCCCAAGAAAAGAAACAGGUGCUGUAAGAACAAGGACACGGGGCAGGUUUGUGUGGCUCCUGAGGGCUUCCCAGUGAAGGGAGACUUCCAAUCCAACCCGAGUCUCCAGCUCUGGUGGCACAGAACAGCUCUGGAAGCCCCUCAGGUGGGGAGCUGAACCCUCACCUGUGUGGGAGACAGAGAAUUCCUCUGGGUCUCCAACAGCUUUUAGGGCAGAAAAACUCUGUGGGUCUGCGCACAGCAGGGUCAGGGUGCAAGGAGUGAGGGCUCCCCUACUCCCAUUCCCAUCUGAGAGGGGUUUAACAGAUUCUUUCUAGCGUUUCUGUGAAAUGAUUUGUGAAUUGCUGUGCAAUCAGUGUCUCUGCCAGGGCAGGGGACUGAAGGUCGGUGUCUGAAGGGAGGCGAGGCCGUGUUUUGAGAGGCUGUCCCACGCUCAGGGCUCACUCUGAGCUGUGUUUUGCUGGUUUCUCAGUGUUGCACAGGUGCUGUUCUCUAGCAGGAUGAGCAGAGAGAUGAAGGGAGAGCUCUUAAAUCACUGCAGCCACUUCUUUGAGCACUCACCAGCUGCCUCAGUGGUGUGGGAUUUCCUGAGGCACUCGAAGGCCUGGGGUGUUUAAACAACUGACAUGAACAAAAGCUCUUAAGAAAUGCAGAGGUCUCGGUUUUCCAGCCCUCCUCUCUCUGCUGUUGGGCCAUUGCCUCUCACUACACCGUGUCUACAAUCCUGCCAACACCACUGACAGAGAAGCAGACGUGUAUUUGCAUGUGUUUGCAUAAAUUUUCAUGUAUCUGAGCACAGGCCAGCAAAAGCCUGUGCUGUCUCACUUGGAAGGAUGUUAUAGCAAGGCCUGAAUGGAGAGAGAACUGUAUCAGGGAGUUAGUACCGUGUGGCAAGACAAAAUGAUGGAUAAAAUAUUAAUUUCUGGAACAUGCCAGCAGCAGAACUGUCAAACUGUGAGCAGCACGUGGUGCAGCAGGGAAAAUGUAAAAAGCUUUUUGCCAUCUAGAAAUGUCUCUGAGGUGACUGAAGUCCUUUGGCAGCGAGUGAAAAAAAUACAGGAGCUUUCUCUCCCAGAGUGGCUUUUCUCUUUAUUAUGUCAUCUGUUGGGUGUUUCAUACAAAGCAGUGUCACUGGGAGUCUGGAAUCAUCACCGUCUCCAGAGUAUCUGGAAAAACAUCCUUUUGGGAGGAAUGUGGCUCCAUUAAAGCAUCACCCUGGCAGCUGGUGCUGCUGGGAGCUGAUGGAUGAGGUUUGAGUGGGAAGAACCCAUGACAGCCCCAGGAUUCCUUCUCUCUGUGCUCAGCUUCCCAGAGCUCAGCCACCAGAGGCCUGCUCUGAAAGCAGCCACAAUCCACAAGCUGCUCCUGCUGGCUUUGGACUGGAGCCACCAGACUGUUGGAAGCUGCUGCUUCCCCCUGUGUGUAAAACACCUUUCCCUUUCCUAAUUCCUGGCCUAGCUGUGAAGAAAAUCAAUUUAAGUCUCAAACCUGUCCUGAGUGUCUUCUCUACUGGGGUGAGUUUCACUGAUUUAAGCAGUUCAUAGUUCACCCCUCAUUUUUUUAUUGCUAUUUCAGGGGAAAUGUAACUUCUCUAAGCUCAGCAUUGCUGGCAGCGUGUGAUAUCCCUUUAUUUGCACAGUUUAUCUCUUCCUACCUGUGGCUUUGGAUAAGUUGCUCAUAACAAAGGCUCGUUAUCACCAAACAAACAUUCUGAAGUGGCACUGUAGAAAAGCUGUCAGUCGGUUGGCAAGCAAAACUUUUAGAUCAUUUAGAUCAAAUUCUCGGGUAGAAAAGCUGAAAAUAAGAACCUUCUCUUUUCUCUGUAACUGUGGGUGACUUCUGGAGUUAUUCAUGGCUUUGUGAGCACGAGAUGAUCCUCGGGUUUGUGUUUAUAAAGGCCGUCAGGGCUUCACCUGGCAGGGACUGAUGAAAUGCCAGCCUUUCAGCAGGGCUAUGCCAGCUCUGGUUUAGGUAUUUCCUUUAACUCCUCUUUUAUUUUUGGGAGGGAUGAAGGAGGGAAAUAAUACAUUUCUCACAGCCAGAAAA